AAAUGACCCGAAAGAAAGUAUUGUAGUUAGUUAGUUCUAUCUUCUACUUCUUCCUGUGUUCUCUGUCACAGCGAGUUCAAUAAUCAUUCAUUCACUGAUAGAUUCAGAGUAGAGAUAGAUAUGGCUUAUUAUUACUUUGAUGAUAAGUCUCGACUAAAUUCCUUUCUUACCUUUUUCUUUCUAUUGGUAUUACUAUUUAUCAACCCUUCUUCAGUUCUCUCCAAGUCUCCUCGCCCGAUUACUGAUGUUGAGGUCAGGCAAAUUAAGAAUGAGUGCUAUGCUGAUAUAGAGAGUGGGCUGUGGGGUCAACAAUGCAAAACUUCGAUGACAGCAAAGGAGAAUUGCGCUUUGAAGUGUCUCUCUCCAAUUUGUUAUGAGCUUAUAUAUGAGAGUGAUCCGCUUGAAGAAGGAGAGAAAGAUUUCACAAGAAGUCAAGAGUACAAGUACUGUAUGUAUAAAGAUGUUGAAUCUCUAUGUUAUAUGCUAUAAUGUCAUGAACUUCACUGGGGAGAUCAAGAGUAGCUGUGGUGAAGCAAUUUGUUUUUAUGAAUUAUAUCUUCAAUGAAGAUUCUUUGGAGUGCGUUGGGUGUUUAUGAUUAGAUUUAUGUGUAAUAGAACAACAAGAUUUGGUGUGAAUAAGUUUCUGGCCUUUAAUUGGGUUGAUUAUAUUAUCAAUAUGUAAACAUCUGGAGGUAUCUGGUUGGUUUUUGAUGUACUUAGUGGAUGGUAUUCCCACAUUUUUAUCUAGUGACUUUUCUAGCCAUUCAUCUAUUUGGGUUUAAAUGAAACUUCCUCUACCUCUGCCCAUGUUCUCCCUUAUCCUAAAAAAUUGACCAACAUCAUGAGACAUGCAUCUGUUUAAGUUGGUUAGAGUUAUGUGUGUGCAAGUGUUGCCUUUAACAUAUGACUUCGUCAAUGGUAUUGAAAAUUGGGCGGGUUAUGCUUUGUUGUACUAUAGUUGAAUUUGAAGUUAGCCUGAUGACCAUUUCCUAAGCAGGAUGAAGUGAAUUUUGGUGAGAAAUGUGUUCUUGGACCUUGGUCUUCUGUUAAGUACUAUGAUGUAUAACACCUUUGUGGAAGUGGUUUUGGGGAACUGAGGAGAAACUUGCUGCUCUGGAGAUAAGGCCAGUUGAAGAAGAUACUUAAUUUUAAUCUCUUUUUUUUUUAAAAGAAGGUACUGAGUGUAGGUGUUCUUGAUGACUUUCCCCAUAUUGAUAGUCAUGAAGCCAGUGCUCCUGAGAUACUAGGUAGGACAAAAGACAGUUGGUUGUCAUGUUUACGAGCUGUAUGUGGAAUUGAGGCAUAGCAUGAAAAGCAGAUGAUCUGCAUAUUUCAUUUUUUGGCUGGAGAGGAAUAUACAAUGGAACUUUAAUCUCGUGUUCAAUUUCUGAUCUGCUUUUUUUUUUUUUUUUUGCCAUGGGGGGUGAUUUUCUUAUUUGUUUGUCCUCUUAAGGAAUUUUAUGCCAGUAUAGUGGCAAAAUUGGCUGGUUCAAACUCUUAUGCUCAAAUACUUGUUUUGUUGUUAUGAGGUACUUUGUCAAACUAGAGACUGUUGUCCUUGUUUGUAGCCAUUUGAAAUGAAAUAUACAAGUAGGAUUCUGAAGAAGAUCCUUUGACUGCAAGAUAUUAGGUUAUUAUUCUCAUCUAUUUAAAAGUUAUUCUUGGCUCAUUUUACAACCUGGCUCGUGACCUUUAAUUGUGCUGGCUUUUGGUGCUAUGUUUGAGUUACUCUGAUCCUAAAUUAUAAGUACAUGCCAAAAAAGACCUAUCAAAGUUUUCAACUUGCAUCAUCCACAACAUUGAAAAACAUAGUUUAGCUAAUGUAUCGCAAAUUUUGUUAAAAGUAAUAGAUUGACAAAAAUGCUUUACUUAUGAUGACACUUCAUAAAAAAAUGUAUCACAUGUUUUGUCAAAAAUAGCAGAUCGACUUUCAGGACAGGGCAGUUUGGUGGGGCUUUGUUAUUGAAUAUACUGAUUUGGGUUUCGAGACCUGAAAUAUAUUAUAUGAUGCUCAAAUUUCUUGCUUGUGUUUGGUCAAAUUGUACCCCUUUUGCUUUUAGAGUGCUGGUUCACAAAAUGAAUUUCAUGACAUCAAAUAUCAUGAACAAUGAUAGUGCUUUAAUUUCAUUCAAUUUUGACGGUUUUUUUCUCUGUUCGUGCUUCCUUGAUUUGUGUAAUCCAUCUUUUCCCUCAUUGUUUCCGGAAAUAACAGGAGUGAGUUUAACAAUUGAAAUGCUUAUCUUUAGUGAAAGUGAAACCAAGAGUGUGCUCCCUAAUUAUAGUGUAGUGGAAACAACCCUAAAAUCUCAAAUCUAAGUAGAGAAAUAUAAAAGACAAACACAAUCAAUCACACAAGAAAUUUAUGUAGUUUGGUAACUUAGGCCUACUCCAUGAAAGAUAUGAUAAAAGAAAUUCACUAUAAGAAAGUAGAAGAUUACAUAAUGUCACAAAAAAUGCUCCCACCUAAAAUCUCAAAGUAUCUCAAAACUCACUUUUUUCUCUCUUUUCUCUAGCAACCAAAGUGUACAACAAUAAAAUCACUCACAAAUAAGUCUUACCCUAAAAUAUGACAAAUUUUUUUUUUAUAUGGAGUAAGCACAUGGGUAUUUCUUUUCUCACUUAAACCCACAAUUUAAGACAAACCCAACAUAUAGAGUGGAGUUAGGCAUCUUUGUUUCUCUACCUUACAAACUUGAGGUCACAAUCAUAGUUGCUCUAUUGUUGUUCUUCUCUAUUUGAAAUAAUCCUCUGGCUGACUUUUCAUGUUGUUUGUUUGAUAACUUGUGGUGCCUUGUGUGGAUGAGUAAUUAAAUUUUCACGCAAUUUUGAUUCUAAGAAACUUCAACAAUGAAGUUAUGCUACUGAAAGUCUUGAAUGUUCAUUUCGAUUCUAUGAUCACAUUUUUCAGUAAUACGGUGUAGUUGUCACUUCACUUUUGUGAUACUAAAAUGUCCUGUUUUUUAUGACUAGCACUUAAUUUGUAUGCUUUUCUGAAUCUUCUUUCUUCUACUUCUCGUGGGAUUCUUUUCUUGACUUUGUUAUGAACUAGUUGCUUACUCACGGACUGCAGGUCAUAUCCUCAAGUUAUUGUCUGGUUCUUGAUUCGAAAUUGUAUUUGCUCUCAUAUUGAACUUGAGACAUAUUUGUCUGUUACAUUUCCUAUAUUUUAAAAAUCCAUAUUAGCCUCAAAAUCAAAUUAAUGUCCUACUUGUUAUUUAGAAGUUCGAUUAUUUAAUUUUCUUCUUCGUUUUUUUUUCCUUCAGGAAAUCAAUGGGAGAGUCCCUCGAGGGUAUUAAAGGAGCCUUUGACAUGUAGUUGG